GCCUCGUGUUCUUUGUUUUAAAAAUACGCCAUGUUGUACGUUGAUCAUUGAAGAGAAUAAACAGACAAAAGCAGAAAUACACUCAUAACGAUAUGAGUUUAACAGGUUAUCGGCCCAGCACGGACCCGAAAUGGAACAGAUUGACGUUCGAAAGAGACGAAAGUAAAUAUGAGUUGUGGGAGGCCAAAUGUUUUGGUUAUUUACGGAUGGUGAAAUUGAAAGAUACGAUCUUGCCAUCAACGGAUGAGCCUGACGCGACAAAGAACGAAGAAUGCUAUGCGGAACUUAUACAGUUCUUAGACGAUAAAAUCCUCUCACUCGUAAUGAGAGAAGCUACUGACGACGGCAGGAAAGUCUUAAAGAUACUACGGGAGUUUUAUGCAAGCCAAAGCGAGCCUCGUAUCAUAACACUGUACACUGAACUAACAUCACUCGAAAUGGGAGUAAACGAAACAGUAACCGAAUAUUUAAUUCGUGCUUAGAAGGCUAUCACUGCUCUCAGAAACGCAAAGGAAACACUCUGUGAUGGUUUGAUCAUCGCAAUGAUUCUGAAAGGGUUACCAGAAUCCUAUAAACCGCUAGCUAUACACAUCACUCAAAGUGCUGGGGAUAUAUCAUUCUCUACAUUCAAAGGUCAGCUGAGAAGCUAUGGAGAAACAGAGAAAUUUAGCAGUAAGGGGAAAGCAGACCAAGUAAUGAAGGCAGCGUCUCCAGCACCACGUACAUGCUAUGGUUGUCGUCAAACUUCACACUUCAUCAGGGACAGCCCAAAGAAAAGUGAAACAACAAAAUGGUGCAACUAUCACAAGAGUUCUACCCAUUCAGAUGGAGAAUGUAAGAGGCAACAACAGAAAAGAGACACCACAAAGAAAGUUUCUGUUAUGAAUGAUACAGAAAAUAAUGAGGAGAAACAUACCUUCACAUUUAAUAUGAAGGAUCACGGUAACAAUGUUCUCAACAACCCCAAGGACAUGCUAGUUGACACUGGGGCUAAAUCCCAUUUCGUUACCACUGAUACGAUCACAAGGAUCGAUGGAACAUUCAAACCAAGUAAACAUUGUAUGGAAUUAGCUGAUGGAACAAAGACCAGGAACAUCGCCGUAAAGCAAGGAGAUGCAAUGGUAACUUUUAGGGACGUGAAUGGCAGACAUGUAAAAGCUGUGCUGAAGGGAGCAUUGUACAUACCAUCGUACCCCCAAUACAUCUUCUCUGUGAAGCCUGCAACUGCAAAUGGGGCAGAAGUGAAGUUCCAAACUGGACAAAAUGAACUCAUCUAUGAGGAUGGUACUACAUUUAUUAUUGAGGAACAUAAUAAGUUGUACUAUUUGAACACUGUAGAACCACAUUAUGAUAAUAACUAUGAUAAGGUAAGCGUUUCACAUGACAUAUACACAUGGCAUGAAAUAAGGUAGUAGAGGGAAUGAGUAUGUCUGGAAAGAUAGAUAAGUCUAAGUUAACUUGCAACACCUGCAUCGAGGGGAAAUUUGUAAAUAACAGAAAUAGAAAGCCAGAUGCUAGGGCUACCAGACCCUAGAUUCACAAUGACCUGGCGGGCCCGACAUGACGAAAAAAACUGGAAAACGCGCAAUUCCAGAUAGAAAGAGAAGACACAAUUUCUUACAAUGGCUAUAGGUUUCAUGUAUUACGGACUGAUUUUCAAAACAUAAAUUACAUAACAUAAUGUCGGCGGGCCCUAUAAACCGAGUAUCGAGUCAUAGUUUUAGGUAUAGUAUCGCAUUCACGGAUGGUUAUCCUGGGGCAGUAUUUGUGUAUUUUCUCAAAGAGAAAUGUGAUUCAGUGCAAGCAGAGCAGAAAUUCUUAGCAGAUUUUGCCCCUUAUGGAGAAGUUAAAUGGAUGUUCAUACGGUCAGAUAAUAGAGGCGAGUUUAUUAGCGAUGAUUAUCAGGCACUUCUCCGAGAAAGAUCUAUUUAACAUGAAUUAUCAUGUCCCCAUUCCCCGCAUCAGAAUGGAACUGCUGAAAGGCAGUGGCGAACCCUGUUUGAGAUGGGCAGAUGUUUGCUCAUAGAGAAACAGGUGCCAAAGUUUUUGUGGCCAUAUGCAGUUCAAACUGCUGCACACAUUAGGAAUAGGUGUUAUAACAGAAGAACAGAGAACACACCUUAUUUCAUGCUAACAGGAAAGAAACCUGACCUUUCCAGAAUGGGAAUAUUCGUAUCAGAAUGUUACAUAUUCUGAUGAUGUCUUUAAAACAUCAUCAAAAUUGCAGUGAAAGGGGUAUUUGUAGGGUAUGUCAAAAACAGCCCGGCAUACCCGUGGCACCUAGUGUACCACCCAGAGAAGGGGAAGGUGUUGAAGCACAGGCUCAUUAAGUUCAUUACUAAGGAUUGCAUCGAGCAAGAAACUCAAACUGAAGGCCCCAUUCACAAUAAAAUGCUAGUGGGCAAUGUUCAUGAAGGGGUUGAAUCAGACCAAUAAAUCAACUCAGUCAACCGUAAUGGAGCCAUCAAAAGUCAUCCAAUGGUGGACAAAGUGGAUAGUAAAGCUAAUGGUACACCCAGUGAUAGUGAGCAGAUAGAUAAUCAGAAUCACACAGGUAUCCAGACAGAGAAAGAAACCCCCCUAAGUAUUUGGAUGAUUAUGUUACCAGUAUAAAUGAUAAUAAUGACAUAACUUAUUCAAGUAUUGACUAUUGUCUCAGAAUUUCAGGAGAACCACAAAGUUACUAUGAGGCUAUGGCCUCAACAAACGCUACAGAAUGGAACCAAGCCAUGGCUGAAGAAAUGGGGUCACUUCAGGAAAACUACACAUUUGAGCUAAC